GGCACGGUCACGACGUCAGAGUGCCAAGCACCACCGGCGUGAGCACCACAAACGCGCAGUGCAACUCUCCACACCCCUCAAUAUUCAUGCUUGCCCUCCACUGCUCCCCUUCCAUCUCUUUCUCCUCCGUCUGCGACCUCAUCCCCGCCACCUAGCACAGUCUCCGUACUGUCACCCGUCUUUGGAACCAGCGCGUACACGCUUUCACGACCCUGGCACCCACAUUCUCGGCGAGGUGUGUAUGCAGCCAAAACUCGGAGGGAAAGUCGUUGCUGACCGACGAACAAACUCACAGACUUCAUGCUAGCAUGCCAGCCGUAUUGCUCUCAGCGUCCCCAGUCGUCGGCGCAGAGACGUCUCAGCAGUCCGAGCAGGCCUCGCUGCACGGGCAACGCGCCCUCACACCGAUGAUCUCCGGGGUCGUCUCCGGCGGGACGAUCGGCAUCCUCUGGAUCGUCGGCCUCCUCAUCUACAUCUACCGCCGCUACCGCGGCCACCAGCAGGUCCGCUCCGCCGGCCUGCGCACCCACCGCGAGCUCGACAUCCUCCCGCCCAAACCCGAGGCGUACAUCCUCCCGCCCGACCCCGCCAUCAUCCAGGGCUUCCGCGCCCCGGGCGAGCGCGUCGUCCCCGACGACCCGCGCGCAGACGGGAACGGCAACCCGAAGCACGUGAGGACAGAGCCGUGGACGAGCAGCGAGAAGGGCGGGCGCAGAAAGGAGAAGGAGAAGGAGAGGGAGGCGAGGCCGGGCGACACGAGGUCUGCGCCUCAGUUGCCGACAUUGGAGGAGCUGCCGUCCCCGACGUUGUCGCCAGCGCCGUCGCUGCCGGCCAAAGCAGAUCGACUGUCUGCAUCCCGCCCACUCUCUCCCAAGGAGACACCUACUCAUGACUUGUGAUGUGGACGUCGAUACCCCAAUGAUGACAGCCCUCCUUAGAUAUAUGGUCACAUACGCGUAAUAUUUCCCUCUUGCCGAGUAAAGCCAGAUUCAACGAUGCUGUAUUUGUGCUCUGUUCCAUCCCAUCUUG